AUGGAACCUGAGAAUGACUGUGAUUGGAAGCCAAAAUUGGGAAUGAUAUUUGAUUCUGAACAAUGUGCGUAUGAAUUUUAUAAUACAUAUGGAGGAAGAAUGGGGUUUAGCAUAAGAAGAGAUUAUUGUAAGAAGGACAAGUUCACUAAUCAACUUAUUCAUAGACUUUUGGUUUGCAACAAGGAGGGAUUUCGAAAGGUUGACAAGCGAGACCCAUUGUCAAAAAACUCUAGAGCUGAAACUAGGAGUGGGUGUGAGGCUCGACUUUAUAUUAAUUACAUGAGGGUACUGGAAAAUAAUGAGGAGCAAAUAACCAAUAUGUUUUGGGCCGAUGCACAAAUGAUCAUGGAUUAUGCCCAAUUUGGUGAUGUUGUCACAUUUGAUACGACUUACAAGUUAAACAAAGAACAUAGACCGUUCGAAUCUUUUGUGGGAUUCAACCAUCACAGGGAAACAGUUAUAUUUGGUGCAGCAUUGUUGUAUGAUGAGACCGCCGAAUCGUUUGUAUGGUUGUUUGAAAAAUUUCUAGAGGCUAUGUCAAGGAAGGCACCGAAAACUUUGUUCACCGAUCAAGAUGCUGCAAUGGCUAAAGCCAUACCCAUCGUUAUGCCUGACACAAGUCACCGAUUGUGUACUUGGCAUUUGAUGCAAAAUGCAUUAAAACAUGUUAACUGUUUGUUCCAAGAUAAGGGGGUGAAGGGUGUACUAAAUAAAUUCUUCUUUCACAUUGAAGAUACAAAUCAAUGGAAAUUAGAGUGGGCGGAAAUGCUUGAUAAAUAUGAUGCGCAUGAAAACCAUUGGUUGAAAUUGACUUUUGCGGUGAAAGAAAAAUGGGGAUGGCCUUAUGUUAGAUCAACAUGGGCUGCGGGAAUGAGUACCACACAACUUAGUGAAUCUUUUAAUGCUUUUUUGAAGGAUUACAUUCGUUCUGAUUUCAACUUAAAUGAAUUCUUCAUGCAUUUCGAAAGGGUACUUUACGAGAAGCGAUACAAGGAGUUAGAAGCGGGCUAUGCUUUGUGCCAAAGGUUGACAAAGGUGAAAGCAACAAUAAGAAUGUUAAUUCAAAUGGGUAACGUCUACACAAAAAAGAUCUUUGAGGAAUUUCAAAAUGAGUACUUUAAAUCCAUUGAAUCGAACAUAGAAGCAAUUGAAUAUGGCGAGGCUAGUACCAUUUACACAGUUGUUGAUGUUGGUAACAAACAUGCAAGGAAAGUGAAGUUGGAGAGGGAUGGCUCUUUGGGUUGUAAUUGUACAAAGUUUGAAAGGGAAGGAAUAUUGUGUUCUCACUCAUUGAAGGUCAUUAGAGACAUAUUGAAGAUGAAAGAGGUUCCUUCACAAUACAUUCUGAAGAGGUGGACCAAACAAGCAAGAGCUGAAACUGUGCAGCACAUUAAGGAAAAUGAUAUUCAAGUAGAUGUGAAAUUCCAACAAGCUUCGCGGUAUAAGACAUUGAUGACUGCAUUUAGAGCAGUAGCAAGUAGAGCUGCUGAAACUGAAGAAACAUAUGAUUUUUGUAUUGCAUACCUUGCUACAUUAGGUGCAGAUGUUGAAGGCAAAGUGCUUAUUUUGGUGUUGGAAAUGAAGUACGUAAUGAUGAUGAUACCCAAAGCUUUGAAGUAG